AGGUGGCGCGGGGUAAACUGGGAAAGUGGUGUCGUGUGCUGGCUCCGCCCUUUUCCCGAGGGUGGGGGAGAACCGUAUAUAAGUGCGGUAGUCGCCCUGAACGUUCUUUUUCGCAACGGGUUUGCCGCCAGAACACAGGUGUUGUGAAAACCGCCCAUACAAUCCAAAAUGGGGAAGGAAAAGACUCAUAUCAACAUCGUCGUCAUUGGACACGUAGAUUCGGGCAAGUCCACCACUACCGGACAUCUGAUCUACAAAUGUGGUGGCAUUGACAAGAGAACCAUUGAAAAAUUUGAGAAGGAGUGUGCUGUCCUGAUUGUUGCCGCUGGUGUUGGUGAAUUUGAAGCUGGUAUUUCAAAGAAUGGGCAGACCCGUGAGCAUGCCCUUCUGGCUUACACACUGGGUGUGAAGCAACUAAUUGUUGGUGUUAACAAGAUGGAUUCCACUGAACCACCCUACAGCCAGAAGAGAUACGAGGAAAUCGUUAAAGAAGUCAGCACUUACAUUAAGAAAAUUGGCUACAACCCUGACACAGUAGCAUUUGUGCCAAUUUCUGGUUGGAAUGGUGACAACAUGUUGGAGCCAAGUGCAAACAUGCCUUGGUUCAAGGGAUGGAAAGUCACCCGGAAGGAUGGCAAUGCCAGUGGAACCACACUGCUUGAAGCUCUGGAUUGCAUUCUGCCACCAACUCGUCCAACUGACAAGCCCUUGCGUCUGCCUCUGCAGGAUGUCUACAAAAUUGGUGGUAUUGGUACUGUCCCUGUGGGCCGAGUGGAGACUGGGGUUCUCAAACCCGGCAUGGUGGUCACCUUUGCUCCAGUUAAUGUUACAACUGAAGUAAAGUCUGUGGAAAUGCACCAUGAAGCUUUGAGCGAAGCUCUUCCAGGAGACAACGUGGGCUUCAAUGUCAAGAAUGUGUCUGUCAAAGAUGUUCGUCGUGGCAAUGUUGCUGGUGAUAGCAAAAAUGACCCACCGAUGGAAGCAGCUGGCUUCACUGCUCAGGUGAUUAUCCUGAACCAUCCAGGCCAAAUUAGUGCUGGCUAUGCUCCUGUACUGGAUUGUCACACAGCUCACAUUGCCUGCAAGUUUGCUGAGCUGAAGGAAAAGAUUGACCGCCGCUCUGGUAAAAAGCUGGAAGAUGGCCCCAAAUUCCUGAAAUCUGGUGAUGCUGCCAUCGUCGAUAUGGUUCCUGGCAAACCCAUGUGUGUUGAGAGCUUCUCAGAUUAUCCUCCUCUGGGUCGUUUUGCUGUUCGUGACAUGAGACAGACGGUUGCUGUUGGUGUCAUCAAAGCAGUGGACAAGAAGGCUGCUGGAGCUGGCAAGGUCACCAAGUCUGCCCAGAAAGCUCAGAAGGCUAAAUGAAUAUUAUCUCUAAUACCUGCCACCCCAGUCUUAAUCAGUGGUGGAAGAACGGUCUCAGAACUGUUUGUUUCAAUUGGCCAUUUAAGUUUAAUAGUAAAAGACUGGUUAAUGAUAACAAUGCAUCGUAAAACCUUCAGAAGGAAAGGAAAAUGUUUUGUGGACCAUUUGUUUCUUUUUGUGUGGCAGUUUUUAAGUUAUUAGUUUUUAAAAUCAGUACUUUUUAAUGGAAACAACAUGACCAAAAAUCUGUCACAGAAUUUUGAGACCCAUUAAAACAAAGUUUAAUGAGAAACCUGUGUCGUCUUUUGGUCAGCACGAAAAUUUUUAGAAAUGUUCAGGUGAUGGAUGUGCUGAAACAGAAAACAAUGCUUGAGUUGAUGUUUGUGUUACUGAAGAGGGAUUAUAAAGUAGCUGUUAGUUACUUGAAUGUAAAAUUAAGUAGUAUCAAGCUACUCCACUGCUAGGAAAAGGACUGUGAGGAUUAACUAUUAACCUACUUCCGUAGGAAUUUCAUGUGAAUACAAAGUUGUGUAAAAAAUAACAUUACUAGACAGUGGACAAGCGUUUUGAGGUAAACUGGUACCUCAAACUGAGGGCUUUAUUCUAGUUCGAAAUAGUUUUGGAAGUUGCCAAGUGAUACUGAUUUACCAGCGCAGGUAAUCAAAAAUGUUAGUUAGUUAGCUUAAGGUUUUGAACUACCUAAUUAGUUGGACAGAAGUGGAUCUGCCACAUCUUUCUUUGGAAUAACCAACAACUUGUAAAUUGUCCAGAGGGGACUAAAGGAGGGCCAGUGGGUCAUAGAAAGGAAAUUAAGGGGUCAUAACAGGUACAUUUGUUUCCUUAAGUGACAGACAGUGAUGACUCAUUUGAGUUCCUGGUUUUAGAUACUUUGGCAUUUGAAAUACAGCAGUUUUUCCAUGGGGUUUGACAGUAAUUCUGUGUGUCAGGCAGACUUUAAAUGAUUAUUUUGAUUAUGGAAAGAAAGUUUUGUUAAACAUGUUACACAGGAAAACUUCGGAGGGAUUUAAGGGGUUUAAGAAUGAUCACCUAGAAGCAAAGGUCUCAAUUCCAAAAUACCUGAUUGAGCUGCCUGAAGUGACCAUAGAUAAAUGAGGAAAAGACAUUAAACCUUUCCAAUCAGUGCUGGGUAAAAUGCCUUAUCACUUAACAGUGCUCUUAGGCAUUGUGGGACUAUAAAUUGACUGUUCUCGGUUUCCUUUGUUUUAAGCUUGCUGUUUAUUGGAGACAAAGGUAAGAUUCUUAGGACUAGUUUGCCGAUAGGUGUGUUAAGCCAAAUUGGCAUAAGCUGAUUACACGCCCAAGAAUCAAGGUAUAACUGGAAAAUUGCUACCACCAUGGGAUAAGGAACAACUGGAAGCUCCAGUUUAGCUAAUUUGUAUCCUGAGAUUCAGUUCCUCUGAAACCUAGUGUGCAAUUAAGACAACUGUCUUGUAUGAGCACCACCUACUGGCACUCAGCAUCAACUAGCUCAGUACACAGAUGAAUUUUCAAACUUGAUAAAGUGUAGCAUAUUUUACACAGUGAUUGUGUUGGAAUGUACAAAACACUUGCAGUGGGUUUCAAAACAAUUGAAUGCCUAAAAUUAGUGCUGUACUUUUUAAAUCAUGUUUUAUAUUGAACAGGCUACAUUUGGUUGUAACUUUACAUGUGAACUUGAAGUUCACCCUAGGAGUUCUGCUAAUAGAGAUGAAAGAGGAAAAGGCAUUCUAGUUAUAUAAACAUUGUCAUUAAGGUAUUUGAUUCUUUUUCCCUUCUAACUCACAGUAUACCCGUGUAAGGGGCUCAAUUUCAGUACUUUUACUUUUCCCAUGGUCCCCUUGAUAAUCACCUUAAUUCUUAGGUGUAUCAGCUCUCAGCUAUUUUUCUCAAGGAAGUCAAUUCCUGGUGGGAUAGGAUUUGUUCCAAAAUAACCUCAAUCCAGCUUCAGUUCUUGCUCCAUAAAGAAUGUUGACAAGUCAGUAGACCAUUAGCACUAGGUUAGUACUUCGUAAACAUGGCCUUGCAAACAGUUCAAGUGUUUUUUAGUGACUAUUACAGUUACAGCCUAGCUUAAUUCCAAAAGGCUUCAUUUGAGGAAACAAUCUCUUGCUCUGACCUAUGUAUUCCACCUGUCAAAAGUUUGUGUUUUACCUUAGACUACUUUUAAUAGGCCCAUGGAUCUGUAAGGGUUAAAAAAUUUCAGUCUUCAUGGGAUACAUAAAGGAUAUUUAAAUUCUAAGCAAAAGAUGAAAGCUUGAAGCAAGAAACUUUAAAUUUGUGUUUGAGGUAUUUACUGUAAAAUUAAUCUCUUCGAAGUAGGUCUGCAAAUGUAUACAAUAUAACUGGAAAAUUGACAGUUAUAGAAAUUGACAAAUGUAUACAAUAACCACAACUAGAUUAAAGAAGGUUCCCAUCAUCCCCAAAGUUAGCCUAUGCCCCUUUGUAGCCAAUCCCCUCUCAACCUAGCCAUGGUAACCACUGACUUGUUCACUAUCCUUAUUUCUUUGCAGUACUCAUACUUGGUCUCAUGCAGUUUAUAACCUGAGUCUGGCCUCAAAGACUCAACCAUUUUGCAUACGUCAGUAAUCUGUUCCUUUUUAAUGGAUGUAUGACCGUUUGUAUCCAUUCCCAGCUGAGGGACAUUUGGUUGUUUCCAGUUUGGGGUGAUUAUGAAUAAAGCUGCUAUAAACAUUUA